GGGGAGGGGGAGGGGGGAGGAGGAGGAAGAAGAAAAUGUCUUCGUGUCAUUGGCGUUGAGAGCUCGAGCGGGGCCCCCGUCGGUGACGCCAGGCCUCAGCCGUCGCCAGGGGCAACCCCUGGGAGGGGACAAAAGAAAGCAAUCGAGCUGGGUCAUAUCGAUGGCUCGGCUCCAUUGGAUUGAUCGGUUAGACGCUCACAAUCACGCAGAGGCCGCUCUGAUGAGCAAGCCUGUUGAGGUACAACCGGUGAAUUACUGCCUCAAUGUGAUACAGAAUAGGUGUGUGAACAAGAAUGUACUUGCAUAGCCCUUUUCAUCAUCAGCAAACGUCUCAAAGCACGUGACAGCCAUCAGUGUCUUUUGGAGGAAACAGGGCAGUCAGUUAACACACUGUUAGCGAGGUAAUAAUGAUAAGGAGGCCACACCAUUUGCUUGUGCCGGGUGCUGUGAUCCAGGAUUGACUUCUUUCAGGCUUCAAAGUUGUUACCAGAACGCCUAAGCGAAGCCUUCAGUCACCUCAGAGCUUCCUUUGACUGGCAUGAGAAUGCAUUCCGGACACAUGACUUCAUGGAAGACUUACUUUGCAUAUUUUCUCUCUUUCUGAGGAUGCUGGAGCCUGGAUGUUUGCAUCAUAUUGCUGAAUUUGGCAACGGCUCAGGAAUGAUUGUCACUAUUAUGUGCAAUCAGAUACCAUGGCUGAAAUAACGGAAGUUACAACCUACCAAGAUGAAGCUACAUGGUGCAGGUGGAACAACUCCCAAAGUUAAAGGCACUCUGGAAAGGAUCGGAAAUGAAUUUGGACCAGCGCUGCUUAAACCAAUAAGUUCAAACGAUAUUCUCCAAACAUGAACAUGACUGGAACAUACAAGGGGAACCCGCACAAUUGUACCUUUAAUGAGGACUUUAAAUAUAUUCUGCUUCCAGUCUCUUAUGGGAUAGUAUUUGUGGUGGGACUUGUUCUCAAUGUUCUUGCAAUAUGGGUUUUCGUGUUUCGAAUGAGACCAUGGAACAUUACAACCACCUACAUGUUCAACCUAGCUCUCUCAGACACUAUGUAUGCAAUAUCAUUGCCUCUGCUAAUCUACUAUUAUGCCAAACACAAUGACUGGCCUUUUGGGGCAGCUUUGUGUAAAAUUGUCCGAUUCCUCUUUUAUACAAACUUGUAUUGCAGCAUCCUUUUUCUGACUUGUAUGAGCAUCUAUAGAUUCCUGGGGAUCUGCUUUCCAAUGCAGUCACUGAGAUGGUCAAACCUGCGAUAUACGCGAAUAGUAUGCAUUGUUGUUUGGGGAAUCGUGAUAGUAUUCCAGACACCAAUCUUUGUAUUUGUCGACAUAGAGGGUAUUGGUAACACUACCAUUUGCUAUGAUACUGCAAACCAAAUCCAUUUCAACCAGUUUGUGAUUUACAGUGCUAUACAGUUGGUGUUACUGUUUUGUGGUCCUUUCAUUGUGGUCAUGAUCUGUUAUGGAAUUACAGCAAAGAAACUCCUUCAUCCUGAUGGCAUACGCCCUGAAUAUGCCAAAUCCAGGAAAAAAUCAAUCAAGAUGAUUAUUACUGUACUCACUGUUUUUGUCUUGUGUUUCUUACCUUUCCACAUCACGCGUUCCAUUUACUACUCCUCAAGAAGUCUUCAUGUGAGCUGCAGCACACUAGAUGCAAUUAAUCUAGCCUACAAACUGACUAGGCCCCUUGCAAGUGCAAAUAGUUGCCUUGAUCCAAUUCUUUAUGUUCUAGGUGGACAGACAUAUCGCAGUAAGCUAGCACGUAGAGGUAAUGGCUUUGAAAAUAAAAACAAUGUUCCUUUAGCCAAGAAGACAAUUAGUGGAACAGACAUCACGCACUCUGUCUAUACUACAGAAAUUGGACUGGAGGAACUAAAGCAGACUGCUGUCGGAAGUAGUGGUGGCAUCUAAAAUGAUUGUUAGGCUUGAAUUUUAGGUCAGGAAUUCUCAACUACUGGCUGCAUAUUUUUAAAUGCACAAAAGAAAUAACCAGCAAUGGAGAAUAUGUGUGGGAGCACAUUGGUCACUCUACAAUGACCUAGAGCUUACAGAGCUAGUGGUCCAAGCGAACAUAUGAAUGGAAACCUGAGAUUUCUUUAGUAUGCAAGUUGAUAUCCAAUGAUAACUGUAGAGCCUGAGUUGCAAUGCUCAGGCACAUAUGGGUGCUGUGUGCAUCGUGAAGGUGCUGUUCAUUUGUAUCAGCUGGUGACUGGGGAUUCUAAAUGGAAGUCUGUCAGUGAAUGGUCAGAAUUUCCCCUGGGACAACUCUGAUUUUGCCUGGGUUUGGGCAAAAGCCUAUUAAAGCUUUCAAGCUCUUUCCUGUGAUUAUCUGCCCCUCCACCCAUGCAUGGCCUGUGACUCGGUCAGCAUGGGAGUUGUCUGAUUCCUUUCUAGAACUGACAAAUGACAGAGCAUGUGUAUACUUCCUAGUGGAGUAUGAAUGCAACUGGAGCCUCAAAAUAACACUGAUGUUAAUUUGUAAAUAAAUCACUCAUACCAUAAAUAAUGAAAAAAAUGUAAUUCAUCUACCAUGUGCUGGUUCCAUAUCAAAGCUUGAUGUGUCAGCCCCAUUACUUCGCACUUUCCCUUUGAUUCAUUCCUCCAAUUGCUCUCUUCCUGUCUCUUAAAUACAGUGUUUUGCUUGAUUGAAAGUCACUUACAUUAAUUCAGACUGAUAUUUGUGCUUAUUGCAGUCACACCUAAUUAGGUAAGGGUUGUGCAACACACAGCACCUAAAGGUAUGUCAGUGCCUGAUUACACCUUCAGCAAACCUAACUUCAUUCAAAUCUGGGUUUAAAAACAAAACAACCAAAAUCUGACCCAGAAUUCAAUUUCCUGUUGAAUUGUUUUUUUCCCCCGAAUCUCACUGAUCUUUCUUGAAUCAUAAUUAUUGGCAAAUUAUUGAGAGCGAUGGCUUAGCAGUAUUAUCACUGAACUGUUCAUCCAGAGAAUGGAUGGCAAUCCAUUACAAUACAAGGUAAUAUUCUGGGGAUCUGAUUCAAGUCCUGCCAUGGCAGAUGUUGGAAUUUGAAUUCAAUAAAAAUCUGGAAUUAAGAAUCUAAUAAUGACCAUAAUUCUAUUGUCGAUUUUCAGAGAAACCCAUCUGGUUCAGUAUUGCCCUUUAGGGGAUGAAACUGUUGUCCUUACCUGGUCUAGUCCACAUGGGAUGCCAGACUCACAGAAAUGUGCCUGAUUCUUAACUGCCUUAUGGGCAAUUAGGGAUGGGCAAUGAAUGCAGGCGUAGCCAGAGAUGUUCAUAUUCUGUGAAUGGAUAAAGAAAACAAGAAUUUAGAUAUAUUGCAAAAUUAUUUAAUUCUAAAUCAGAAUUUGCAGUAUUUCUAAUUAGUGCAAAAUAUAUUAAAGAAUUUAUAUGGCAACGCUAUCAGUGCUGUUCUAAAGAUACCUCAAAAUAGUUGAGGAGAGAAUUUUGCACAACUUUUUUAUCACAUGACAUAAUUUUACUCUGAACGCUUUUAAAAUCCUUGGAAUUUUGGAGAAUUUCUUCUUCCUGAGACUGACCAUUAAAAAAUACAGUUAACUGAAACAGACCAUAAUAUCACAGUAAUAAAUACCAUGAAUAACUUUUUAUUCCCUGUAAUAUUAUUCUCACACCGUAAUGAAUUUAUCUAUGUACAUUAAAUAACUUGACUUUUACUAAUUGUUUUAUUCCUUUCUCAUUCUUUGACCUUGCUCAUUCAAAUUUUUUCUUUACUACAUCAUUGACAUUUUAACCUUAGAUCUAACUGAGCUGCAUUUCGUUUCAUUCCUCUGCCCCUCUUGUAUUUAUCUAGCUUCUCUUUUCUGAGCCAGUGACUCAUUACAGUCUAUUGCACUGACUUACUCUUUCCCAGGUUUUAAAAGUGAAGAGCUCUUUACCUUCAUUCUUUCUCCAAAAAUUUGCUGAACCUUUAAACUCAACCUCAAAACUAUCUUUGACUUACCUCAUCCUCUCUCCUCCUUUUAACCUUCAUACAUCAAUGUGGGGAGUGACUUAUGUUUUUACAUUAUAAA